CCAGCACCGACCUCCACUUGCAACUUGAACCUGAACUUCGACCAUUCGUAUCCCGCUACAUCGUGCGACGGUGUGGUGAAAUGUCCGAGGCUCAACCAAUGGUUGUAGAUCCACCAGACUCUGGCGACGCGUCAUUUCAAGUCGGCGAAGAAGACAAGACACAACCAACCGAGGAGAUCUUGAACGCGUUGCGGCAACUCAACCCCAGCUCCUUUGCGCACGCCCAGAACGGCAACACGAAUGUGCAGAGCCCUGUUAAGCAGGAACCGACGCCAUCACCUCCGUCAGAAUGGGAACAACUGCGCGCACAAUUGCGGGAAAAGCCUUAUGAUGCAGACGGGUGGCUGAGACUGGUCGACCUCGCAGAAGACUCUGGUGACAUCGACAGAAUCAAAGAAACCUACGAGGGACUGUUGGAAGCAUACCCAAACACUUCUUCUGCCCAGAUAGCCUACCUGAAUCAUUACACCGACAACCCCGAGACGUUUGGAUCUGCUGUAGCCUUGUUCAAGCGCUAUCUCACCAAGUCGUCUUCUGUGGACCUCUGGAAGUUCUACCUCACCUUCGUCAGGAGAGUCAACACUGGUCCGAACUCGCGUGAAGUAAUCCGUACGGCCUAUGAGUUCGCCCUGAACCAUGUCGGCCAGGACAAGGACAGCGGCGACAUGUGGAGUGACUACCUGCAGUUUCUGAAAGCCGGCGAGACGACGUCAACAUGGGAGGAGCAACAAAAGAUGGACGCAGUGCGCAAGGCGUAUCAGCGAGCGGUGCAGAUCCCGAUAGACAACAUCAAGCGGCUGUGGGAGGAGUACCAGGACUUUGAGAAUGGGCUGAACAGGAUCACGGCGAAGAAGUUCUUGUCCGACCUGCAGGAGAGUCACAUGCAGGCGCGUACCGUCCUGACGACCCUACAGGAGCACCUGACCAUCCUCUUUCCCCCUCCUCCGCCGUCGAGGUCGUCGCGGCCGCCGAUAUGGCUUCCCCGAUCCCCGACAUUCAACGCCGGCGACAGGGCGUUGGUUGGGCGGUGGCGUCAGUACCUGAAGUGGGAGGAGAGCAAUCCGUUGAAGCUGGAUGAUAAGGAGAAGGGCAACCUGCACGCACGUCUUCAAGGCGUGUACAAGAAGGCCGUGGUCCGUAUGCGGUUCUUCUCGGAGAUUUGGUACAUGGCGUACGUAUGGACAAGUAGUAUUGGUAAAACGGACGAAGCUCUUGCUCUUCUGAAAGCUGGAAUAGAUGCGAAUCCGUCUAGCUUUGUUCUCAACUAUGCCUACGCAGAGGCGCAAGAGACGGCGAAAAAUGUCGCGGAAGUGCACUCGACAUUCGAGAAGUUUCUUGAUGUGCUCAAAACGGACCUCGACGCGGUCGAGAACAGGAUCAACUCGGCCAACUCGUCGUUCUCGUCGAACAUCUCUCCGUCGCAGAAGACGGAACCGGCUGAGAACUCCCAGCCCGACCCCAGCUCACAGUCGCAAGGUGGCUCAUUCGCUACGGAAAAGUCGGACGAGAAGCCGCUCAAGAAUAAGGAGCUCACCGAGCGGCGGACAGAAUACGGCAUCGCGUGGGUGUCGUACAUGCGAUUUGCUAGACGCGCGGAGGGCCUGAAACCGUCGCGAGCUGUGUUUGGUAAGGCGAGGAAGGAGCGUUGGACGCCCUGGGAAGUGUACGAGGCUGCUGCGCUGAUGGAAUACCACUGCAACAAGGCGGCCGAUGUCGCGAACCGCAUCUUCGAGAAGGGGAUGGAGACGUUCAGCGACGAAGCGGACUUUGUCCUGCGGUACCUAGGAUACCUCAUUUCGAUUAACGACGAAAACAAUGCUCGGGCGCUUUUCGAGCGUGUCAUUGGCACAUUCCCGCCUGAGAAAGCGCGGCCGUUAUGGGAGCGCUGGUCGAGAUACGAGUAUCAGUAUGGCGACCUCGAGGCUGCGCAUAAGCUCGAGAAGCGCAUGGCAGAGGCAUAUCCGAACGACCCUCCGAUCAAGCGCUUCGCGGAGCGGUACAAGUAUCUGGGUACGGAUGCGAUCGCCAACCGCGACCUGGGCUUCAGCCUCUCUCGCCAGGGCAGCGGCAGCAGUCGCUCGAACGGCAGUGGCACCCUUGGCCGUACUGAAACGCAGAUGUCUCUUAUCUCCAACACGGCGUCGCAGUCCCAGGGGGCGCCGAGUUCGUCCAAACGGCCUCCGUCUCCGGAGGCACACAGCAGGAGGCGAGACGACAGCCGUGCACCUGACUAUGGCCCACCGUCCAAGCGGCAGCGAGCGGGCUCACGCGAACGGGAGCGGGAUGCUAGGUGGGAUGGCCCACCUCGGCGACGUUAUGGCAGCCCCGGGUGGGACAGAGAACGCGACAGGGAUGCGCCUGGACGUCGGAGCAUGAAGGAGGAGAGAGAGGAGGAGAAGCCGGUGACGCUUCCUCCUGUGUUGUCGUGGUUCGUUGGCAUGCUCCCGGCGCCGUCCUCAUUCGACGGUCCCGUAUUCCGGACCGAUGACUUGAUGCAGGUGUUCAGGAACGCGGUUAUUCCAUCGAGCUCUAGCGCGUCGAGAGGACGAUCGCCGCCCCCGCCGCCCCGAGGAGGUGGUCGCCCACCCCCUGACUACGGACCGUAUCAAGGUCCGGGAGGAGGACGCCGUGGUCGAUACUGAUAGGCAACAUCAUUCGUAGUGUAUUGCAAUCUUCUAUGAGUUCUUAGGCCCUAUUGCCCGCAAUUAUGCUUACCUUUUUGACGUCUUCGCCUCGCGCGUGAUAUUCGUUGUGGCAUCUCAAUUGCGUGGUGUCCACGUCCAGUCCGGACUCUGGGCAUAGGUUUUUGUCUUUCAUUCAGCUGCGAGUGCGAUUCAUAUGCGAAAGCCUUAGUCGUCAUUUGUCCUACGCACUAAUAGUACUACCA